UAGGUGGCGGUGUAUGCACCUCACAUUUGCGAUCCGCCAAUACUAGUUUAAAGAACAAGAAUAACGUCCGUUUCCUCUAGUUCCAUGUGGCUGUACUGAGAUAAAAACUAACUACGCCUUGCCGUUAAAGUUGUACUAUUUGGAGUUUUAAAUAAAAAAUUUAAACAAUCGGAGAAUUCACAACACUCGUGUGAGGAGCUAAAAAUGCAGCACGACGAUGUAAGUGAAGAGAUACUAGCUAGCUAAUGUCCGAGACACGAUUGUGUCGACGCCACGCGCUAGCUAGCUACUUUUACUCCUGUACCUACAAUAUUGACUUGUGAUUAUGCAUUCACAUAGAUGCUCCAACCUUUCAAUGAUUAGCAAUAAUACAUAAAAUGUCCGCUGGUUGAUUGGUUUGCCAGCUAGCUUGAUCAAUGUGUAUUCUGCCCAUAUACAUAGCAAACAGGCAAAAGUUGCUAGCUGGGGCAAUUCCAGGUUAAUGGUGUGAUGCUGAGACUCAGAAUUUUCCCUUUAAAAUGUAUGUCUAACAAAAACCAAUAAUUGCAAAGUUAAACAAACCAUACAACUGUAUACACAAGGAAUACUGUGAAAAAUGUCCACUGAACAUUUUGCAAAAAUAUAUUUACUUGAAGAACAGGACAGAUGCUAAGCUUGGUAACAGAAUGACGGCACAAACGGCACAUGUGCAUUUUAAAGUGAAAAUUCUGAGUCUAAGCAUCACUGUUACUGUGGUAUUGCCCCUAGCUAGAUAUUUGGCAGAUGGUUUUGGAGAAAAGUGACCAGUUAACUAAUCUAACACUUCAUUUCUAGGUUAUCUGGGAUGUCAUAGGAAACAGAGCAUUCUGUUCCUUCAAAGUCAAGUAAGUUACCCACUGUUUUUGAGGUUUCAUCUUUUCACAAGUGUGUGGAUGUGGAACGCAUUCAGAGCUUUUAACUCCAGCUCAUUUGUUGUAGCUAUCAAGAAAAGGUCAUUGGUGGUAAACUUACAAAACUGUUUCUGUUGGUCUUUUAACAGGACAAAGGUUCAGAACUUCUGCCGGAAUGAAUACAAUAUAACUGGACUUUGUAAUAGGUCAUCCUGCCCACUAGCAAACAGUCAGUAUGCAACUAUAAGAGAGGAGAAAGGUAAGUUGUCUCCUGUGAAAUAAGUAUCACCAAUGCAGUACUUGUUUUUAGUUGAUAGGGGUAUUGAGAUUACAAUACAUGCUUUUGAAGAACUUGCUGCUGCCACCAUGCAAAUUGAGGUUUAAUGUCUGCUGAUUCUUUUCUUAGGUCAAUGUUUCUUAUAUAUGAAGGUUAUUGAGAGGGCAGCCUUCCCUGCCCGAAUGUGGGAGAAGGUAAGUGACAGUAGAACUAAAUAACUGUCUGUUAAUAGACAUUGGUUUCUAUUAGAUGUAUUUUCUUCAACUUCAACUUUGUCUCCUAGGUGAAACUUAGUAAGAACUAUGAGAAGGCUCUGGAACAGAUUGACCAGAACUUGAUCUAUUGGCCCCGUUUCAUCAGACACAAAUGUAAACAGCGCUUCACCAAGAUCACACAGUACCUCAUCCGUAUCCGCAAGCUCACACUCAAACGACAGUAAGCAUCCAACCCUUUCACACAAUCCUAAACUGCGAAAAUGAGUUAGGUAUCCUUAAACAUGUAUAGUAAAUCAAAUUGUCUGUUUUUUUUGUUAUGGAAUUUCUGGUUAUUUUAUUUUAUUCCAAUGAUCUGAAUGUUGUGUGAAAUGAACUGUAAAUAUCCUAGUGAGUAAAUGUAUGAUGGUCUUUUCUGUUCUUUCAGGAGGAAACUGGUUCCCCUUAGCAGAAAGGUGGAGGCAAGAGAGAAAAGGAAAGAGGUAAGUACUUGGUUGAAAACAGUUCAGUAGUGUUUGGCCCUGGCAUUCAACUGUUCUGCUCCAAGGAGUGUUGGCUAAUAGACCAUAAGGCAUUGGCGACUCAAGAGUUCCUGUCAAAGGGUAUGACUUACAAAAAUCUGAUGUCGUGAUCUAAGCAUGAGAUCCAUAUUCUCUUGUUUUACAGGAAAAGGCCCUGAUUGCUGCACAGCUUGAUAACGCAAUAGAGAAAGAACUGCUGGAGAGACUGAAACAAGGAACGGUAAAUACAUGAUUAUGUAGUGUCAAUCACUCCACAAUUUGUCACAACCUGAAGAAUACUCUCAGACAAGGUAAAACUGCAUGAGACAAAUAUGGUAUGUACAUAACAGGAGAUUGAGUAUUUAUAUUCAUGUUCUAUUUCUUUCAGUAUGGCGACAUCUACAACUUCCCCAUCCAUGCCUUUGAUAAGGCACUGGAGCACCAGGAUGAGGAGAGUGAGACUGACUCGGAGGAGGAGGAGGAGGAGGAUGACGAGGUGACGACUGAGCAGGGCCCAUAUUCACAAAACCUUAAGGAGAAAUGUCUUAACUGCCAUUUGUUCCUUAACUAUAGACUUAUAAAGAAAGUUAAGCAAAGUUGCUAUUUCUUAUGUUUCUCCUUAAGCAAAAAGUUAAGAAAUUAGAUUCUUGAAAAUAAAGUUAUUGGAUUUGUUCUUGGAAAUGUUCUUAAUUCCAAGAUAGCUAAACCCUUGUCUUAAACUCAGGGCAGUGAGAGAAAAAGCUCAUGAAAGCAAUUGAACAUCUUUAAUUCACUCAAACUUCAUCUGAAAGUUUCCGUAUUGAUUAUUUUAACAGAACAGUAAUCUCAGUAUGAAAUAUGCUAACAUGAUUGUCAUUGCAAGCUAAAUCGGUUGACUAGCAACAAACAUCUUAAGCUGGUUAAGAAAUUCGUAAGAAGAUAUUUGAAUGAUUUUAAGAACUUCUCAAUCUUAAGAUAUUGUUGAGGAAUUGCACUUAUGAACUAUCUUAUGAACUUAAGCUUAAGUUUUUGCAUAAGUGUUUUGUGAAUCUGGGCCCAGGUCCUUGGACUGCAAGUGAUCCUUUCAGCACAACCAAUAAGAUGCCUCUUAUUUAUUGGGCAGGGUCUGGUGCGGGACAUUAGCGCUGAUCAUAAUGACACUAUUGCUAAAAUGAAACCCAAGUGGCAGGCCAUCUGAUGUAUUUUAAUCAAGUGAAUGUGUUUGCAGGAUGUUGGAAAGAAAGAAUUUGUCGCUGAGGGUGAAAUGGAUGAGAGCGAUCUCAGUGACUUUGAGGUAACUUAAUAAAUAAAUAAAAUCAUGAUCACUCACAUUUUGACUAAUAUAGGGUAUGAUAUUGCUUGUUAUGCUAUUCCAAGACUAAACAUGUCUCCUUUGGAAGGACAUGGACAAUCUGAAGGCAGGCAGCGAUGAACAGGAAGAAUCCAGUGAAGAAGAGGACGAGUCUGAAGAAGACAUGGAAGAGGAGACUGAGGCCUCAGGCUCCAAAGGGAAGUCAAAAGGAAAGAUGCCCCUCAAAGGCACUGCAUUCAGGAAGAAAAGGGCCUACGUGGAGAUCGAGUAUGAACAGGAGACUGAGCCUGUCCCCAAAAGCAAGGCAACAUAGUCUUCCUCUGACAUGGACUCUAGGCCUUUCUUAGUUUGGAAGGUUAACCUGCUUAUGUUGUCUGGAAGGAUUACUACUACUGGAAUGCAUCAAGCCUUUAGGUUCUUUGAGCUGUAAAGAAUCUUGUGCCUAACGGGACUGUACUUCCAGCAACUUCUCAAUGUAUCACUCCCGGUGAAGAUUUUAUGAGAUGGGGCUUGAUCCCUGUUAACAAUAAAUGAUUACAUGGUGUAUGACUUGGGCCAAUUUGAAAUGAGAUAAUUUAGACCCAUGAUUGCAAUUUGCUUACUGUCUUAGUUUUUCACCUAUUAUGAUUCCUCUUUUGCCCAUUAUUGUUCAAAUUAAUAAAUCUCACAAUGCUGAGUAGCCUGACAAGUGGAAUCUCUUAUGAAUUGUAAUGUCUUCGACCUGGCUGAGAAAACUUUGAUAAAGAACGACUUACCAAAUCUCCCCAGCCAGCUCUUAACCAGUGUUGACGUUUUAUUAACAAAUACAGACAGUGGAUCCAUAUGACAUACAGAACGGAAUAUGUCAGUACUGUAUAAUAGCACUUGGUCAGUCUUUCUCACAUUGCCAGACUACAGAGGAUGAUCCAAGGGAGCUCAAGGUUGUCAGUCCUGCUCAAUUAACCACAUUCAUUUUGAUCAUAUCACUGUUCCAGAUAGCCAUAGAGAUGUGGGCUUCAUUUCCAAUGGAGGAAUGAACACUGUAAAUAUGUCCAUAUCUUCGUUAUCUUUGGGCCAUUGUGACUGUCUCUAUGCAUCUCAGAACAGAGGUGCUGGUGUGGCUGCUGUCGACAUCCUUCAGAAGCGUCUGAAGAAAGAGUCAAAAUAGUUACCAUUCACACACCGAACAAAAAUAUAAAC